AGCAGUGACAUGCACACAUUGGGGGGUGGUUUCCAACGGUGGGCCGCAGGCCUUUUGCCAUCUGUCCCUCAUCCCCCAUGGGAAUGAGGGACGGAUAAGUAUGUAUCUCGGUCGCUAUUUCAGGGAUUAGAGAGACGGUGCCGAGUUCAUUAUCCGUUGCUUUUGUUUUUGUUUUAUUUUGAGCUAUUUUAUUUCGGAAUUAAUCGAUCAGUCUGAGUUCGAUCUAACGAGUGGACCACUCAUUGUCUCAGGUCUGCGAUUGAUGAAAAUCCAUUGACCGUCUCGGUCCAAAUAACGUCGUGAGUAUUCUUUUUAUUUUUAUUUUAUUUACCUCUUUCCCGUUACGUUGUCGAAACGUGGCCAAAACGGCACAGGAUGUUCCGGCCGUCGCCCCGUCUCUGCGUUCUUCCAUGGCUUCUCCCCAGACUGAGGAGUAUACCCGUGCCAGUUCCCCUGCACAGAGUAUUUUACCAGAAGCAGUCUUCUCUUCACUCUCGGCCAACCAUGGGCGACCUCAACAACGUCGACGCGGUGAGGGAGCGCCUGUUGCCCGUUGCCGACCCCGUCUACCGCUUUCGCUCGUUUCCAAUCCCAGCCUCCGAUGACGACCCCGCGGUGCGCGAACGAUAUCGUCCAUUCCUCCUGAACGACGAGAUAUCCAGCUCGGAUUGGGUUAUGAAACUAGAACUAGCCACAGCCGCCGAAAUGGUCGAAACUCAGAUUCUCUCCCAGGGGAAGGACAGGCUAAGAGUUCUCGUGCUCUACGGGAGUCUCAGAGGCCGUUCAUACUCAAGGCUCCUUGCCUACGAAGCCUCGCGCAUUCUCUUCCGCCUCGGCUGUGACGUGCGAGUUUACGAUCCGUCAGGUCUCCCGGUCAAAGAUGACCAGCAGCACGAUCACCCAAAGGUCCAGGAGCUUCGGGAGCUCAGCAAGUGGAGCGAUGGCCACGUCUGGGUGAGCCCAGAGCAGCACGGCACCCUUACCGGUGUCUUCAAGAACCAGAUCGACUGGAUCCCACUUUCCACCGGCAGUGUCCGGCCAACACAGGGGAGGACGCUAGCUAUCGCUCAGGUCAACGGCGGCUCACAGUCGUUCAACGCAGUGAACUCGCUACGUAUCCUGGGCCGCUGGAUGAGAAUGUUCACCAUCCCGAACCAGAGCUCCAUUCCGCAAGCAUGGACCCACUUCACCGAUGCAGACGAUCCGGUGGACGGCGGGAGCCGUCUGAAGCCGAGCUCAAACAGACAGAGGCUGGUUGACUGUAUGGAGGAGUUUGUAAAGUAUACGAUUGUCAUGCGGCCGCAUUUUGAUCUUUUUGGGGACCGGUUCAGCGAGAGGGAGGAAGCAAAGGCAAAAGCUGCGAAGUGAAAGGUACCUACUCGAUAUUAGGUACCUAUAUGUGCGUCCUCACCGUUAGAUGUAUAGAUGAUCAAUAGAACCUUCGAACAAA